AAACAGGGCCUUAAACCAUUUCUCUGCUGACAUGUUGCUCCCAGUGUUUCUUUGCUUCUGAACUGAUUAAGAGCAUCAGCACCCCCACAUUUAUUCUGAACUCAGAUUACGAUGUUUGGCAGGUGAUUUCAAUCUUUAUAUUUCUUCCCACUACUCAAACGGAUAACACACUAACUGCUUCUUCUCUCUAGAUACAAAACAUUCUCGCACCAAAUGGAUCCUAUCCUGGACAGGCAUGGUCGAGUUGCAAAGCAGAUAUUCGGAACUGCAGUUCCACACAAAUUGAUGUGCUGCAUGGAUUCAGGAAGAAAUUAGUCAGUAAAUUGAAGGUUGCUGAAGAUAAGAGGAACUGGGGGCUCUUCAUCGAUUCAUGCUUCACCCACUGUCAAACGCCAUCCAACAUCUCAUGGCAUUCGCCGGUCUCACCAAGACUUGAUGACAGGACUAUCGCAGAGGCUGUUGGGGAUUGGUAUUUUGGUAGAAGGCAAGAUGUGAAACUGAUCGACUGCGAGUACCCAUGUAAUCCCACAUGCAGCAGUCUUCUAUCUACUGCUUGAUUCACUCAGGACUGCGUUGAUAUCACCAGUCUUUUCUCAUUUUUCACAGUUCUUUUUUACCUCAAGUACAAAUUUGUUUUGAUGUGGAUUCAAUAAUAUUCAUCUGUUUGGGAUUUGGAGAAUAAAGUUGGUUAUCUUUUGGUUCUGGAGAAAGUGUGCUAUGCGGCUAUGCCUCAUAGUUUGGGACAACUUUUUUUUUCUGCCCAGGAAUCGCGUACUGUUUGACUAUGCUUUGAAGAGGGUUUUUUUUUUUUUGAAGAGGCUGUUUGACUAUGCUAAGCUGCCAGUUCGGGGAAAUGGCCGAAUGGGAGCGAGUGAUGGACUGACGGUGACGGGGAUCUUGAUUUGGAGUCGUAGUUGCUGGGGAGCGGAGAAGUUUCACCACGCUCCACCAGCUUGAGGCGUCGAGUCGACUGUGUGAUUCGGUUUCGGUCCACAUUGGCGAGCUGCGGUAUGACCCGACAAGCGAGGGCCCAAGCUUUGGGCUUCCAGCUUUCACGCGUUGCUUCGGCUACACCCGCGGGCGACCGGCGACGGCCAUGGCGACCGAGCUGCUGUCGCCUCUCCUCCCGCAGCGAUGUCGGGGCCUCUCUGUCGCCGCCGCGGCGCCCCUGCUCUUGCUCCUGGCCGUUGUCACCUUCUCGUGCUCACCGGUGGCGCCGAGGGCCCCGGAGCUCGUCGAGCUGACCCUCCUCGCCGGCGCCCGGGAGAAGGGAGCAGUGUGCUUGGAUGGGAGCCCGCCAGGUUACCAUCUGCAGAGAGGCUUCGGCUCCGGUGCCCACAACUGGCUCGUCUAUCUUCAGGGAGGAGGAUGGUGCAACACCACGGAAAGUUGUUCCGAGCGCAAAAUGACUGAAUUUGGUUCGUCAAAACUUAUGGAAGCAGUAGAGUUCACCGGGAUACUCAGCAAUCGGCACCAAGAAAAUCCUGAUUUCCACAACUGGAAUAUAGUAGUUAUAAGGUAUUGCGAUGGGGCAUCAUUUGCUGGGGAUGCAGAGGGUGAAGAUCAGGAUGGAACCAAACUUUUCUUCAGAGGAUUGCGCAUCUGGGAAGCAGUUGUUGAUGAACUCAUGGCAAAAGGAAUGGACACUGCUAAACAGGCCUUGCUUACAGGCUGCUCUGCUGGUAGUCUGGCUGCCCUACUGCACUGCGAUAAUUUUCGCGAACGAUUUCCUCAGGAUGUUUCAAUUAAAUGCCUUUCUGAUGCUGGAUUUUUUAUUGAUGAGAAGGAUUUAUCUGGAGAAAGGUCUCUGCGGACGCUCAUCAAUGCAAUAGUCCACCUUCAGAAUGUUAGAGAAGCUUUGCCCAAGGGCUGCCUUGCAAAUAAGGACCCAACAGAGGUAUCUUCCCAUAUAUCCAAUUCAGUUCUUUUUGUGAUGUUCCUAAAUUCACUUACUGACGAGUCGUUGCUCCAGUGUUUUUUUCCUGCUGAGCUGAUAAAGAGCAUCAACACCCCCACAUUCAUUCUGAAUUCUGAUUACGAUUCUUGGCAGAUACGAAAUGCUCUUGCGCCAAAUGGAUCCUAUCCUGGACAGGCAUGGUCCAGUUGCAAAGCAGAUAUUCGGAACUGCAGUUCCACACAAAUGGAUAUACUGCAUGGAUUUAGGAAGAAAUUAGUCAGUGAAUUGAAGGUUGCUGAAGAUAAGAGGGACUGGGGGCUGUUCAUCGAUUCAUGCUUCACCCAUUGUCAAUCACCAUUUAGAAUCUCAUGGAUCUCACGGAUCUCCCCAAGACUUGGUAAUAAGACUAUCGCCGAGGCUGUUGGGGAUUGGUAUUUUGGUAGAAGGGAAGAAGUGAAAUAUAUUGACUGCAAAUAUCCAUGUAACCCCACAUGCAGCAGCCAUCUGCCUACUGCUUAAUCCACACAGGACCACAUAGAUAUUAAUAGUACCCGUUUUCCCCCAUGUUCACAGUUUUAACCUCAAUUCCAACUUUGUCGUGGAGGUUUCAAAAAAAAACUUUAUCUUUAUUAUAAGACCAAUGUUAAAUUGAA